AUGUCCGAUCGGAAGGGCUCAACUGAGAGUGACAUCGCUGCAGCUCGGGCCCAAACCGAGUCGAUUCGCGAGAGAUUGGCAGCACGAAGGCAGAAGCGGAAUAAUUUGAUCGCUGCAGCCACACAAAAUGCGCUUCCACUUAAGAACCCUGACGCUUCUGCCGUUGCAGCAUUGUUAGCAUCUGGAAAGCUGCCUAAGACCUUGGUGUCUUUAACCACGCCAUUGGCGUCCAAAAGUGUAACCGAUGCAUCGUCCUCACUCAAACGGGCCGAUUUAGCGGUUAAAGAGGAAAAUUAUGUUAGCUCUAAUGAGCCUCCCUCGGAAGCACCCAAAGUGGAUCCUGGUACUGAUUCAGCCGAUCUUGAAAUCCUCCUGUCAGCCGUUACCGCUAAAGAACGCGAGCUAAAACGUGUUAACGAGGAGAUUCAUGCGCUUCUCUCGACACCGACUGUGAUGUAUGUCCACUAUGAAAUUGACCCAGCCGAUCUAACAACAGCAGAGGCGAGAGAAGCUGCAGGCGCUUAUAACCGAGGUCAACUUCGGCCGGAUAGUUUGGACAGGGGGAAAAGUAAUUUGGCUCUGGAAAAGGCAGUCUCUGCAACCACUUCCGUUCCCUUGUACCCUCCACAGUGGAUAAAGUGCGACAUCAGGCAGUUUGACAUGACCAUUCUUGGCAAAUUCGCUGUGAUAAUGGCCGAUCCACCGUGGGACAUCCAUAUGGAACUGCCAUAUGGUACAAUGUCCGAUGAUGAGAUGCGGAAAAUGGACAUUCCCUGUCUCCAAGACGACGGAUAUAUAUUUCUCUGGGUCACUGGACGCGCCAUGGAAUUGGGCCGGGAGUGCCUCAAACUCUGGGGCUACGAGCGUGUGGAUGAGGUGAUUUGGGUGAAAACUAACCAGCUGCAGCGUCUCAUCCGCACAGGCCGUACUGGCCACUGGCUUAACCACGGAAAAGAGCACUGUCUGGUGGGCGUGAAGGGCUCGCCGCGGUGCAUGAAUCGUGGGCUGGACUGUGAUGUGGUUGUCUCGGAGGUGCGCGAAACUAGCCGCAAACCCGAUGAGAUCUACGGCCUCAUUGAGCGCCUCUCACCGGGGACUCGCAAACUUGAGCUUUUUGGACGACCGCACAAUCUGCAGGCCAACUGGAUAACCCUAGGGAAUCAGUUGGACGGCACAUAUCUCGUUGAUCCGGAGGUCGUGGAGCGUUAUCGCAGGCGGUAUCCCAACGGGAUUGACAAUAAGGAUGAUGCCUCGUAG